AUGACAAAGGACAUGACAAAGGACAUGACAAAGGACAUGACAAAGGACAUGACAAAGGACAUGACAAAGGACAUGACAAAGGACAUGACAAAGGACAUGACAAAGGACAUGACAAAGGACAUGACAAAGGACAUGACAAAGGACAUGACAAAGGACAUGACAAAGGACAUGAUAAAGGACAUGACAAAGGACAUCCCAAAGGUCAUCACAAAGAAAUUACUUACUAUCCUUCUUCCCGAAAGGCCACCACCAUUUUCUAGGCUUCGCAGCUUCCUCUAA